AUGAUGAGAAAUACUUUCCUUAUACUGCUGUCGCUGUGCCUAAGCACGAGAAUAGCGAAUGCCCAACUGUCACUAGCACAGAGAAUCAAGGGGUUUAAUAUGAAUGAUGUGAAGAAUGAACAAAGAGCUCCCGUGGUACAGAAUGAUGUUGAUACAAUGCAAGUAGUAAUUUCAGUUCCAGAAGUGAAGGUGGUGCAACGAAAAAAGUCGGACUCAACGACGAAAAGUGCGACGGCUCCACAUGCCCCAUCUCCAACUGCCCCACAUCCUCCAUCAUCGGAGAAGGGCAAGGGAAAGGGCGACUCCACGAAAAUACACACAAAGAAAUCCACAACAAAAUCGGACAAGAAGGAUGAUAAGAAGAAGAAGAUUACACUGCCGCCAACAAUGCCACCGACUCCACCCCCAACGCCGUUGCCUACAAUGCAUCCAACUUUGGCUAGUGCUAGCUGUAGUGGUAAGGGAGGUAAAGGGGGCAAAGGGGGCAAGGGUAGUUCCAAGAAGAGUAGCAGUAGCAGGCGGCAGCUAUCAUCAAGCUCAAGCGGUAAAGGAGGUGGAAAGGGAGGGUCCAAAAGUUCCAAAAAGUGCAGUAGUAAGGGAAGCAAACGUAGCAACAUGAGCGGCGGAAUGCAUCCAGGCACUGUUCCAGUGACGGUUCCCGGUGGUAUUCCAGUGGUUCCAGUGACGGUUCCAUUGUCACCCAUUCCAAUCGCUCCAAUUCCUCCACUACCAACCACAGGAGUCAGGUUGUCCAAGAAGAGUAGCAUUACCAGUGCCAUUGAACGAGACCCUGUUCAGAUUGUUGCCCCGGCGAAUCCACCACCUAGUGGAUUUGUUGUAGCGACACCCUCUGCACCAUCAGGGGUCACGGGAAAGAACUCCAAGAGAAGGAAAUUGUACUAG